AUGCCGCCCGUUCACGGCGGGCUCCAAUCGUGGCGAGACCCGCCGCCAUGGUUACGGUAACAGUCACCGUGAGCUGUGCAGCAUUUGUUCUUCUUCCGUUUUUCAUCGCCAUUACACAUCAUCUCCGCAACAUCUCCGCAACCCCGAAUUCGGAAUGGCCAACUGGCAAAACGCUCGGCUAACACAUUACAGAUCCUCGUUCGAUUCCUCUGCUGCUUAUUUUUCCGUGGUUCCCUUCUGCUUUUCCCUUGCUCCUUCUUCACCUUUUUUCUUUCUAUGUCUGAUAAAAUUUUUACUUUUCCUUUUCUUUAUUCCUUUUCUGAAACACUCCUACCAAUUAGUUAACUUCCACUCCAUUUUUUCCAAUCUCAACUCUAGCCUGGUCGAACAGACGUGUUCAGGCGCCUGUUAGACCAGCCUACUCAACACGACUGAAUAUCCAGGUGACUGAGUAAGAUACGCGGUGUACUUUUUUAAUGAAAAUGUAUCAGAAAAUAUGUCAAAAAUUGUAACAAAUGACAGAAAUUGAGGUCGAAUGCAUUGGAUACGUGUAUUCGAAACGAAACGAACGUUUCGAAACGUUCGACGAAAUCCCUCAAUUUGGUCAAUUCUGAACGAAUCUGCUCCGUUUCGCGCUUAAAUCGAUGCUUUUAACUCAGACAAUCGCCCUACGGUUCGCAAAGAACAAAAUUUGAGUGUUUAUUAAGAGAAAAACGAAAGAAUUCCGGUUUUCAAUUGAAAAAAGAAAAAAAGACAACUCGCUUGCGCAUUGGAAUGCUGGAAAAAGAUUUUGUUCUUUCCCUCUAUUCCAAAACCCGGUUCGUUCGUUCGGCCCACCUAUGUGGCUGAAUAAGACAGUGGACACUGUACGCGGUGUACUUUUUUAUUGCAAAUGUAUCAGAAAAUAUGCAUUGGAUACGUGUAUUUUCUGCGAAGAAAUGGAAGUACUCUUUCAAAAAUGAAAUGAACUUUCUAAUCGGACGAGACACCGAGACACCGAGAAAAGAACGAGACAUUUUGGAGGUGCGAGAAAGGGCGAGACGAGAAAGGGCGAGACGGCGAGACGACCGAGAAAGGGCGAGACGAGAAAGGGCGAGACAGCGAGACGACCGAGAAAGGGCGAGACGAGAAAGGGCGAGACCGAGACAGAACCGAGACACGGCGAGACGAGAAAGGGCGAGACGGCGAGACGACCGAGAAAGGGCGAGACGAGAAAGGGCGAGACGGCGAGACGACCGAGAAAGGGCGAGACGAGAAAGGGCGAGACGGCGAGACGACCGAGAAAGGGCGAGACGAGAAAGGGCGAGACGGCGAGACGACCGAGAAAGGGCGAGACGAGACAGGGCGAGACGGCGAGACGACCGAGACACGGCGAGACGAGAAAGGGCGAGACGGCGAGACGACCGAGACACGGCGAGACGAGACAGGGCGAGACGGCGAGACGACCGAGAAAGGGCGAGACGAGAAAGGGCGAGACCGAGACAGAACCGAGACACGGCGAGACGAGAAAGGGCGAGACCGAGACAGAACCGAGACACGGCGAGACGAGAAAGGGCGAGACCGAGACAGAACCGAGACACGGCGAGACCGAGAUGAUAAUGGAACGAGACGAGACCGAGACGAGAAAAAACCGAGACGAAACAAGGGCGAGACACCGAGAUUUCUCGCAUUUUUGCGAGACGAGUCUCGACGAGACGACACACUACUACAGACUAACUGACAUGCUCCAAAAUCUCGUGACUCCGCCUCAAAAUCGGCUCCACAUUGAUCCAGCGUACAGGUUUUUUGGUGAGCGGAUGAUAGACACAAUAGGAGACACGUUCCUCGUAAAUUAG